AUGCCGAAUUGGCCUGCUCCCAGUCCAGAAAUUCAACACUUACUUCGUAUACUUCCAAGUCAAUGUAGUGGUCAUCCUUUAGGCCCUCUUUGGCAAGCAUUCAAUCCUAUUAAAGUUGAUAAAAAAACUAAAGCCAUAUGCAUUUUUUGUAAACAUGAAAAUCCUAUAUCCGGAACUGCUGCUCAAAACAAUAUACAAAAAAGUUUGGAAUUUUUACAAUCAUCAUCGGAUAUGUCAAUCGAUUCUACCUCAAUUACACCAAUUUCAAGUCAAGAUUUAACAGUUACAAUGUCUAAUAAUAAUCAAUUUUUAUUAGAUUCAUAUAAAUCUAAUCAAUUAUUACUAGAAGGCAUGAUUGAGGGUGGGGCACCUCUUUCUCUAGUUGAUGCACAGAAAUUUAAAGAAUUUAUUUAUUCAAUAAAUUCUCAAUAUCAUUUGCCAGCAAGAAGACAGCUUUCAAGUCAUAUUCUUGAUAAUGUAUAUGAUAAUAUUCAAUUAUCAAUUCAACAAUUUAUUUAUAAAUCUGAUUGGAUUACCAUAGCAACAGAUGGCUGGACAAAUAUUCGUCAGGAUCAUCUUGUAAAUUAUAUUGCAAUUGGUAAAAAUAGAAAAUCUGAACUUAUUAAAGUAAAAGAUACUCAUGGUGAAAGUCAAACAUCAGCAACAAUUCUUCAUGAUUUAAUAGAAGUUAUAACAGAACUUGGAAUUGAAAAAAUUACAUUACCAUGUGUAGCUCAUGAAUUAAAUCUUUUAGUUGGUGAUAUGCUAAAACACACAUAUAUGAAAUCUACUAUUACUUUAGCAUUAAAAAUAAUCACCUAUUUUCGAAAAAGUACACAAGCUAUUCAAUUUAUUUGUGAUCGUGCUUGUGAUAAUACUUUUUGGUUUUCUCUUCCAACACUUACCCGAUGGAAUUCAUAUUUUAUAUCUCUAAAACAAAUUCAAGACAAAUCACGAUUUUUAAAAGAAAUGAUAUAUAAAAAAUUUCUUUCAAAUAAUAACCAAACAAAUACUAAUACUACUAAUGAUUCAGAUACAGCUUAUAAUUUGGAAACAGAUUUUAUUACUGAAGACGAAUUUUAUACUUUUCAGAAUUUAGAGCAACAACUGGAAAAUCCUGAAGAAACUUUAUUAACAACGAUUAAAAAUUUUGAUGGAUUUAAUACAUACGAUCAAGUUUCUUAUAAUCAAAUUAUUGAAGAAGAUAAUACUUGGUCUUUUAAUCAAAUUGAGUAUAGCAUGGCACUGGAAGAUUUGUUUCUUCUUGAAAAAUUAGAUAAC